AUGGUGAAUAUGAUGGGUCAAAUGCUGCUACCGCGAUUAACGAAGACGAACUACGAGAAUUGGAGCAUCCAAAUGAAAGCUCUUUUUGGUUCUCAAGACGCAUGGGAGGUGGUUGAAGAAGGUUUCAAAGAACCAAAGGAUACCAUGGGUUAUACGGCGGCACAAAACAAGGCGUUAAAAAAAUUACGAUCAAAGGAUAAGGCGACAUUAUACAUGCUGUUCCGAGCUGUGGGCUUUGAGAAGAUUGUAAGGGCAACUACUUCAAAAGAAGUGUGGGACACUUUAGAAAAGGUGUUCAAAGGAAUUGAUCGAGUCAAGCAAGUGCAUCUCCAAACUCUUCGUGGCGAGUUGGAGAGCAUGAAGAUGAAGGAGUCAGAAAAUGUAUCUAACUACAUUUCGCGCGUACAGACCGUGCUAAAUCAACUAAAUCGAAACGAAAAAAUGUUACCCGAGACACGGGUUGUGGAGAAGAUCUUGAGAAUGAGUCAUUUUGCAAGAGAUUGUCGAGCCGAGCAAAAGAUGGAAGAAACAACCAACCUAGCCUUGGAUGACGCAACAAACGGAGGCAUUCUCGUGAUGGCCCAAAAUGAAGAGCUGAAAACAAAAGAACACGGCGACGCGAAAGACGAUUGCAAUAGUCAUGAGGUAGUGGAAAUUGUUGAAAAUGAGGAGAAGGAAGAGAAUGGGAAGGUAAUCUCUGAACUUGAGAAGAAAAUUGAAAAAGCUGUGGAGAAAGAGGACUUGUUGUGA